UACACAAAAAAUAGAGAGAUGGCAAGAACAUUUUCAAUCCAUGCAUUAAUAAUUCUGCUUAUUCUUCUGCAAUUGUCCUCCUACUUUAACACAUGCUCAGCCACUACAAAAUCUCAUUUAAGUCACCAUAGAAACAAAGAGUAUAUAAAAAAUUCUUGCAGUGCUACAACUUAUCCCAAGUUGUGCUAUAAAUCUCUGGCUCACCAUGCAAGCAAAAUCCAAGGCAACCCCAAGCUAUUAGCCCAUGCGGCUCUCAACGCGACAUUUUUUGCGGCCAAAGCAACUUCAAGGUUGCUAAGAGAUAUGUCAACAUUCCAUGGGUUGAGACGUAAUGAAGCUGCAGCCAUGAUAGAUUGUGUUGAAGAUGUAAGUGACGCAGUGCAGAAGUUGCAGAAGUCUACAAAGGAGAUGGACCGUACCGAAGGCUCUGAUCAUCUUCGGGUUCAAAUGAACGAUAUUCAAAUGUGGGUGAACACAGCGUUGGAGGAAGAGGAGACAUGUAUGAAUGCAUUGGCUAAUAAGGCCAUCAAACAUAGGGUGAAGAAUGGAGUGAGGAGACGCAUUAUUAAAGUUGCCCAUUUGACAAGCAAUGCAUUAGCACUUGUUAAGAGCUUUGCCUUGGCUGAGAAGAAUUCACCUUAAUUUGCUUCUUGGAAAUAUUAUUAAGGCAUACAUAUUUGAGAAUAAUGGAAGCAACUUAUACAUGAUUGCUUCCAAUUAAUCGUUCUUUACAAUUUGAACUGUUAUUAAUAAUCCUAUUCUGUAUAAAACUGGGUUUUUACCUUUUCUCUGGAGUUAUUUUUGUGCAUAUUCAAGUG